CUGUAAAUAAAUUUCAUGAAAAGUUCAAAUUAAAUCUGAUGAAGAAGUUUCAGUUCUUGAAUGGAGUGAUAAUAAACCUGGGAACCCAAACACUCCUGAAUGAGAUCUACACAGAGCUCUACAUCACAGAGGGAGACAGUGAAGAAGUCAAUAAUGAACAUGAGGUGAGACAGAUCGAAGCAGCAUCCAGGAGAAUAACAACAGAGGAAACACCAAUCAAAUGCAAUGACAUCUUUAAGCCUUUAUCUGAACAAGACGAACCCAUCAGAUCUGUGCUGACAAAGGGAGUCGCUGGCAUCGGAAAAACAGUCUCUGUGCAGAAGUUCAUUGUGGACUGGGCUGAAGGGAAAGCAAAUCAGGACGUCCACCUCAUAUUUCCACUUCCUUUCCGAGAGCUGAAUUUGAUGGAGGACCAGAAACUGAGUCUGAUGGAGCUCCUUCAUGUCUUUUUUAAGGAAAUAAAAGAAACAGAAAUGUUAAUUUGGGAAAAGGUUCUGUUCAUUUUUGAUGGAUUGGACGAGUGUCGUUUUCCUCUAGAUUUCAAGAACACAGAGAAAGUGUGUGAUGUAACUGAAUCAGCAUCAGUGCCUGUGCUGCUGAUAAACCUGAUCAAAGGGAAUCUGCUUCCCUCUGCUCUCAUCUGGAUCACCUCUCGGCCUGCAGCAGCUGAUCAAAUCCCCUCUGAGUGUGUCCAUCGAGUCACAGAGGUACGAGGGUUCAAUGACCCACAGAAGGAGGAGUACUUCAGGAAGAGGAUCAGCGAUCAGAGCCUGGCCAAUAACAUCAUCACACACCUGAAGUCAUUAAGGAGCCUCUACAUCAUGUGUCACAUCCCAGUCUUCUGCUGGAUUUCAGCCGCUGUUCUAGAGAGAAUGUUGUGUGAAGCAGAGAGUGGAGAGAUCCCCAAGACUCUGACUCAAAUGUACACACACUUCCUCAUCAUUCAGAUAAACAUCAUAAGAGAAAAGUACUCAAAGAAGCAGCAGAGUGAUGAAGAAAUGCUUCUUAAACUGGGACAACUGGCUUUUGAACAGCUGGAGAAAGGGAACCUGAUCUUCUAUGAUAAAGACCUGAGAGAGUGUGGCAUUGAUGUGAGAGAAGCAGCAGUGUACUCAGGUGUGUGUACGCAGAUCUUCAGAGAGGAGUUUGGGUUUCACCAGAGUAAAGUGUACUGCUUUGUUCAUCUGAGCAUUCAGGAACAUCUCGCAGCUCUGUAUGUGCACAUGAUGUUUAGGAUAGACAAUAAAAAUGUUCUUAAAAAGAGUCAAGCUUCAACAUUACAAAUUACAGUUUUAGAUUUCCACAAGUCUGCUGUAGUUGAAGCUUUAAAAAGUCAGACUGGACAUCUGGAUCUUUUCCUUCGCUUUCUUCUGGGUCUCUCACUGGAGUCCAAUCAGAAACUCUUACAGGUCUUAGUAACACAGACAGGAAGUAGCUCCCAGAGCACAGAGGAAACAGUUCAGUACAUUAAGUGGAAGAUCAGUGAAGAGCGUUCUACAGAGAAAUCCCUCAAUCUGUUCCACUGUCUGAAUGAACUGGGUGAUAAUUCUCUAGAGGAGGAAAUCCAACACUAUCUGAAAUCUGGAAAACAAAGUGAACUCUCUUCAUCACAGUGGUCUGCUCUGGUGUUUGUGUUACUGACAUCAGCACAGGAGCUGGAGGAAUUUGACCUGAAUAAAUAUUUCACUCCAGAUAAAAUAACAGAUGAUGUUCUUCUGAAGCUGAUGCCUGUGAUUGCAGCAUCCAGAAAAGCAAUUUUGCGUAAGUGUGGUGUCUCAGAUGAAGGCUGUGCUGCUCUGACUUCAGCUCUGAGAUCAAACCCCUCACACCUGAGAGAACUGAAUCUGUCCUAUAAUAAAGUAGGAGACUCAGGAGUGAAGUGUCUCUCUGCUGUACUGAAGAAUCCUCUCUGUAAACUAGAGAAACUGAGGUUGUGUGAUUGUGGUGUCUCAGAUGAAGGCUGUGCUGCUCUGACUUCAGCUCUGAGAUCAAACCCCUCACACCUGAGAGAGCUGGCUCUGACCGAAAAUAAGGUGGGAGACACCUGGGUUAAGUGUCUCUCUGCUGUACUGGAGAAUCCUGACUGUCAACUAGAGACACUGUGGUUGAGUGGUUGUGGUGUCUCAGAUGAAGGCUGUGCUGCUCUAACUUCAGCUCUGAGAUCAAACCCCUCACACCUGAGAGACCUGGAUCUGUCCUAUAAUAAAAUAGGAGACUCAGGACUAAAGUCUCUGUCUGCUGUACUGGAGAAUCCUCUCUGUAAACUGGAGACACUGAGGUAA